GCAUUUAAUAUAUGUAAAUUGAACCUUUUAUUUUCGUGUUGAUAGUAAAUUUGGUGUCUAUGUCACGGCCAUCACCAUCUAAUGUAACCAUCUAAAGUAAAUUUACAUCUAAGAUAGCAAUCAAGUGCCUUUUAAUAUGAUCGAAAUAUAUGAUUUCAAAUUCAAAAGUCAUUUUAACGUGUCGUGCAAAUCGAAGCGAGACUCGGUAUAACGCGUCUUCUCUCACUUGAUCAAAUGCCACUGUUCUGCUGACAAGUCAGAAGUGCGUUUCAUUGAAAGUGCGUUUCAAAAACAUAGCAUGAUUUCUUGAAAUUCCAGUUCCAAUACAUCUUUGCUUCCACCCACAAGCAAAGAUGAGUGCAAAAAUUGUUCUUGUUUGUCUCACCACUGUUAUACUUCUUCCUUUGUUGCAACUACCACACUCCUUUGCCUCUGCUAAGACUAAUGUUAGCAUUGGUGAUACCCUUAUCGCAGGUAAUGAGGGUGCGCAAUGGCUUUCUCCAUCAGGAGAGUUUGCAUUCGGAUUUCAUCAGCCAGAGGGUUAUUCCCUUUUCCUGGUUGCCAUAAGAUACCAAAACAUACCUCAUCCCUCUUUCAUUUGGUAUGCAAAUGGAGACAACCCUGCUCCUAAAGGCUCAACACUGGAACUCAGUAAAAGCAGAGGGCUUGUGCUGAAAACCCCACAGGGUGUGAGCUAUGGACAUCACAGCUCAUAUCAGGUACAAUUUCCCAUGGACUAAUGAAUGACACAGGCAAUUUCCAACUUGUAGAUGAGAAUUCACAGAUGUUGUGGGACAGUUUCAGCAAUCCAACUGAUACCUUGGUGCCAACUCAAAUCAUGGAGGUUAAAGGCACACUUUCGUCACGCCAGAGAGAGACCAACUACACACGAGGAAGGUUCCAAUUUCGCUUGCUUCCGGAUGGUAAUGCUGUACUUAAUCCCAUAAAUUUGCCUACAAACCGUACUUAUGAGGCUCACUAUAUCAGUAACACUUAUGAUCCCAACAAUACAACAAACUGCGGUUUCCGAGUGAUGUUUGAUAAUUCAGGAUUUUAUGUAUUGAAGAGGAGCUAUGAGAAGGUUUAUAUUACCAAUCAAAAUGAUAUGCUCUCAAUUGAUUCCUAUUACUAUAGAGCAACCAUGAAUUUUGAUGGAACUUUCACCAUAUCCCGUUACCCCAAAAGUGGAGCUUCAAAUCCAAGCUGGUCAGUUAUAAAGACAUUGCCAGAUGACAUUUGCAUGGAUUUGAAAGCAAUCACGGCUGGUAGUGGGGUCUGUGGAUUCAAUAGUAUCUGCACUCUGGAAGCUGAUCAAAGACCUAAGUGCACUUGCCCCGAAGGUUAUUCUCUUCUUGAUUCAACUGAUGAGUACGGCAGCUGUAGACCGAAUUUGGAACUAGGUUGUGGAGGAAGUGGACAAAGCUUGCAAGAAGAUAUGUACUUCAUGAAGGAAAUGGUGAAUACAGAUUGGCCUGAAUCAGAUUUUGAGUUGUAUCUACAUUACAACUCAGAAGACUGCAAGAAUUCUUGCUUGCAAGAUUGCUUAUGUGCUGUUUCUAUUUUUAGAGAUGAUAGCUGCUGGAAGAAGAAACUGCCUCUCUCAAAUGGAAGACGGGGUGGACGAGUUCAGGCAUCUGCUUUCAUUAAGUUGAGGGAAAAUGAUGCCGUGUCAGAUACUCCUUCAAAUUCAUUCAUAGAAGAGAAGGAAAAUGAAAAAGAUCAAGACACUUUGGUAACUGUGAUAGCAGUCCUUCUAGGAGGUUCUGUCUUUUUGAAUCUCAUGGUGAUCAGUGCAGUAUGUAUUGGCUUCCACUUCUACUACAAGAGAAGUUCUACAAAUAAUACUGUUGCAGAAACCAAUUUGCGCAGUUUCAGCUUUAGAGAGCUUGUGCAGGCAACAGAUAACUUCAGAGAAGAAUUGGGAAGGGGGUCGUGUGGAAUUGUCUUUAAAGGAAAAACGGAUUUGGCUACUAUUGCUGUCAAAAAACUGGACAAGUUGCUCAAAGACAGCGAUAAGGAAUUCAAAACAGAAGUGAAUGUAAUUGGCCAAACUCAUCACAAAAACUUGGUUCGCCUGAUUGGAUAUUGUGAUGAGCUAGAAAACCGGAUUCUGGUGUAUGAGUUCAUGAGCAAUGGCAGUUUGGCAAAUUUCCUAUUCAGAGAUUUCAAGCCUAACUGGAACCAAAGAGUCCAGAUUGCCUUUGGGAUAUCAAGAGGGCUGGUUUACUUGCACGAGGAAUGCUUCACCCAGAUCAUCCACUGUGACAUAAAGCCUCAAAAUAUACUUCUUGAUGAGCAUUACAAUGCAAGAAUAUCAGAUUUUGGGUUGUCAAAGCUACUAAUGAUUAAUCAAAGCCGCACAGAAACUGACGUUCGAGGAACAAAAGGGUAUGUUGCACCAGACUGGUUCAGGAGUGCGCCAAUCACAACCAAGGUUGAUGUCUACAGUUUUGGUGUGCUGCUUCUGGAGAUCAUUUGCUGCAGGAGAAAUGUAGAUGAUAAGUUUGAGAUCGAUGAGAAAAGCAUUUUAACUGACUGGGCUUAUGACUGCUAUAGGAAUGGAAGAAUAGACAUUCUGGUUGAAAAUGACGAUGAGGCUAUCAAUGACAUAAAUAAGUUGGAAAGGUUUGUGAUGGUAGCUAUUUGGUGCCUUCAAGAGGAUCCCUCUCUCAGGCCAACAAUGAAGAAGGUGAUGCUUAUGCUGGAAGGAAUAGCUCCUGUCACAAUUCCACCAAGUCCCUGCCCUUAUGCCUCUGUUACUGUUAGUUGUGGUUGAAAAACAGUUUCAUUUUAUCUCUUGCUUUUUCGUGGUUUUGUGAUUAGAUGUUUGCUAUUCAUUUUACUUCUCCUUGUAUAUGUAGCUGAGUAGCUUCUCAAGGAUAAAAAGUUACAAAAGUAAUCAAAUAGUAGUAAUAUAACACAUUGGCUCGGCUUUGCCAUACCGUAGUACAUGUUUGUAGAACUUCUGAAAAAACUUCAGAGAUUGUUGGGUAGAAGUCACAAAAAUAAGUGUUGUAUCUGUAUAAUAUACGUUUCAAUCCAACUCAUAAAAAUAAAAGAAAAAGUGCCCUUAUGUUGUAGA